UUUUUGUCUACAAAGUGUGCCAACAACAGCAAAUUUAGUGUUUAUAUUAACUUAGAUCUGAUCAGGAACAUUAAAUCGAUUAGACAAGCAUUGUAACGUAAAUAAGAAUGUGGAUAUUUUGGUUUUGUUAGCUUGCUAAGUUGUUAGCACUUUUAGAACACUGACAGCAAAUCAUUACCGGAAGAAAUACAUAAACAUACUUACAAAUUACUAAUUCUGCGGUUUAACAACUGAUAUAAUGUAAUGAAUCUACCUGUUAAUGCAACGAACUUCGGAAACUGUCGUCUUCGCUCUCCAGGCAGAGAGUGGACACAGAGAUCCUGCGGAGCGGGCGGGAAAACACGAAGUGGAUCACCGGAAUCAGUGGAUCUUUAGCGGAGCGGUAACAAUAAAACGGCAAGUUUUUUGGGCACCGUGUUUAGUCUAUGUUCCGCGUUUUGCUGCUUUCCGCAAGUCUCUCAUAUUAAAAACGAACUAGACACCCGUCUAAAAGGGUUUUUAAAAUAUGUAUUUAAAAUUUAAUAAUACUGUAUAAAUCAUCACGCGGGCCGGAUUGGACACCUUUGCGGGCCGUAUCCGGCCCGCGGGCCGCAUGUUUGACACCCCUGUCUUAGAUAAACGUUGGUUUGAUGUUGCGCAAUGGAGUCGACCUCAAACCUGGGAGAGGGAAAAUGCUCCCAUUAUGGACCAUGCCAGAGGUAGCAGCAGCUGACCUUCUAAAACAGGCUGUCCAGAAAUUGAAAACAUUCAACAAAGACAUGGAUGAUGGACCCUACCGUCUUCUGUUUCCCGAUGGCUCCGAGGUGGUUGUUGUCCCUGGGACCGAAAAGCCAUUCCUUUUAGCUGAAUCUAAAAAGGAAAUUGGCAAGCCAUAUUGCCGCAUUACACUUUUUGUAUGUCCGGAUGAACAUUUCCAAGAAGCAUAUGCUGAUCCUGAUUCAGAUUCAGAUUCCGAAGUCAUUGUGAGAACCCGGAGGUCUUUGGAAUUCAGUGAGGCUGACACCAUGCUUUGUGAACCUCUGAAUGAGAGUACACCCAAACACCAAAUCAAGCAAGAAGUAAUGGAAACACAGAAAACUGAGCAGAUUGUCAUAUCUGAUUCUGAGGAUUGUCCGGAUCCACCUAAACCAGCCAUGUUAAAGUACUACAGGAUGGACUCCGACAUUACAUUACCGGAAAUCAUCUAUGAUCUUUCUCAAAGUAUUGAUCAUGGAAGGGUCAGCAGGUUUAAUGUUUGCCGGUCAGAUGUGUGGGAUGGAGCUCUACGAGGUUUCAAGCGAAGCACAUUUUCAGAAAAUGCGACCUGUUGGUCAGAUUUACUGAUGAUGCUGGGGUGUUUGAAGAUUCUGUGGAUACAGGUGGGCCAAAAAGAGAAUUUCUAACUCUCCUAAUGAGUCAUCUUAAAAAUCGCCCGAUUUUCAGUGGACCAGAAGGGCAUCGUUACAUUACCUAUAAUGCGAAGGAUUGAGAGUGCUGCUUCCUUGGAAGAUCUGCAAGACUGUACUCUUAAGCACACCACAAUGUUGCAGACUGCAGGGUGCUUCAGAUGUGUGAAGUCCCUUGAGGACAAGAUGACCAUUGUAUCCG